AUGGCGGUCCCCAAAGGCGGGCGGGAGGAGGGCCAGGGCGAGCGGAGAACGGGACAGGGCAGCACCGCAGCGCUGGGAGGAGCUUCGCAGGCGGAGCCCCGGCCCAAUGGCGGCAGGGCGCUGAAGGUGUCUGAGUCGGGGAAGGCUGCCCUGCCCUCCUGGCUGCACUGGGACCCUGAGAGCGGGGUGCUGCAGGGGCUCCCCCUAGAGGCUGACCGGGGGACCCUCUACGUCUCCGUCUCUGCUGCCGACGGCGACGGGUCCCGGGCCCUCCCGAGCCCCGAGGUCUUCUCCAUCGAGGUCCACCCUGAGGACAGCCCCGGCCCUGCUCAGGACGGCCCGCCCCUGGGCUGCAGUGGGGAGGAGCCUGUGACGGUGCUGACGGUCAUCCUGGACGCAGACCUGGUCCAGUUGAGCGCCCGGCAGCGCGUGGGGCUGCUGGGGGAUAUGCAGCGCUUCUCCGGCGUUCCGCUGCAGCGCAUGCGCGCCCUCCCCGUCGUCAACAACCGCCUCUUCGACAUGUCCGCCUUCAUGGCUGGCCCCGGCAACGCCAAGAAGGUGGUGGAGACGGGGGCGCUGGUGUCCUGGGCGCUGGGGUGCGGCCUGGACCCCCGGAGGGUCCCGGACAUCAGCGGGGUGCAGGGCCCGGCGAAGCAGGGCACCAUGUCCGCCCUGCUGGGGUACCCCGUGGUGGGCUGGCACAUCACCAACAAGAAGCCCCUGGCCCCCCGGCGGCUGCGCCGACAGCUCCAUAACACCCCCACCCCCGUGCCCUCCCUGCUGCCCCCCAGCUCCCACCCUGAGCCCCCCCUGCGCAUCGUCCCCACCCCCACCUCCCCCCUCAUCGCGCCCAGCACCGAGCAGUCCGCCCCGCCCGUGCGAGGGCCUGUCCCGCUGCCCAUGAAGCCCACCAUCCGCCCGCGGGACCCCCCUUCACACACCCCCACUCUGGGCCCCCCUCAGCCCACCCGGGUCCUGGGCUCGACCAGCACCCCCCCCAUCCAGCCCACCGCCACCCGGCCGGGCUACGUGGAGCCCACGGCCUCCCCCACCCCGCCCUCCACCACCCGUCGCCCCAAAUCCAACCCCACCAAGAAGCCCCGCAAGCCCAAGACCUCCACCCCUCCCCCCCCCGCCGGCCGCGAGCCAAAAAGCACCACCCCCCGCCCCUCCAAGCGCCCCGCCACCCCCCCCGGUCCCAGCCCGGGGCAGAACCACAAACCGGACCUGCGCAACCCCAUCGACGAGGUCAGCGUGUGGGUGGGCUCGUACUUCGAGGUGAAGAUCCCGUCGGACACCUUCUUCGACCGCGAGGACGGGACCACGGACAACCUGCGGCUGACGCUGCGGCUGAAGCAGGGCGACUCCGCGGCCGAGGGCUCCUGGAUCCAGUUCAACAGCACCAGCCAGCUGCUGUUCGGCCUGCCCGGGCCCCAGCACGAGGGCAAGCACGAGUGCUUCCUGCAGGCCACCGACAAGGGCGGGGGCUCGGCCUCCGACGCCUUCGAGGUGCGGGUCAGCCGCCGGCCGGCCGCCGACCUGGCGCCCGUGCUGUUCGCCGCCCGCUUCCACGGCGACCCGCUGACCGUCACCGCCAACGUGCAGCGGAAGAUCGCGCUGGUGAAGCGGCUGGCCUUCGCGCUGGGCGACCGGAACUGCAGCGCCCUGGCGCUCCGCAACAUCAGCCGCGGCUCCAUCCUGGUGGAGUGGACCAACAGCAGCCUGCCCGCCAGCCCCUGCCCCCGCGAGCAGGUCCUCAGCCUCAGCCGCCGCAUCUCCGACGCCGCCGGCCGCCCCACCCCCGCCUUCGCCAACGCCAUGGAGCCCGACUUCCUGCCCCUGGACGUGAGCGUGCGCGGCCUGGGCAGCUGCCGCGCCGUGUCCUUCGUCCCGCCGGGCGACCUGCCCCCCCCGCCCCCGCCCGCCACGCCCUCGCCCUCCCCCGCGCCCGGCCGCCAGAGCUCGGACGACGUGUACCUGCACACGGUCAUCCCCGCCGUGGUGGUGGCGGCCAUCCUGCUGAUCGCCGGCGUGGUCGCCAUGGUGUGCUACAGGAAGAAGAGGCGGGGCAAGCUGACCAUCGAGGACCAGGCCACCUUCAUCAAGAAGGGCGUGCCCAUCAUCUUCGCCGACGAGCUGGACGACUCCAAGCCCCCGCCUUCCUCCAGCGUCCCCCUCAUCCUGCAGGAGGAGAAGCCCCCCCUGCCCCCGCCGGAGUACCCCAGCUCCGCCAGCCCAGAGACCACGCCCCUCAACCAGGGGCUUCUGGGGGAUUACUGCCCCCUGGACGAUGACCCCAACGCCCCCCCCUACCAGCCCCCGCCCCCCUUCCUCACCCCCAUGGAGGGCAAGGGCUCCCGCCCCAAGAACAUGACCCCCUACAGGUCCCCCCCGCCCUACGUGCCCCCAUAAUGCACCGGGGCCGCCCGGGGGACUGAGGCUGUUCGUGCUGACGGGGGGGGGGCUGCUGACCCUUGACCUUUGAGGAUGACUGUCUGUG